AAAAUUUCUUUCUUUAUAUUGUUGAAUAACUAGAGAAAGGACAUAGAUAUUAAGAAUUAAGAAAGAUGUCAUUACCAGCUUCCUUUGACUUGACUCCUGAAGAUGCUAAAUUAUUAUUAGCUGCUAACGUUCACUUAGGUUCUAAGAACGUUCAAGUUCACAACAAACCAUACGUCUACAAGACCAGACCAGAUGGUGUUAACAUCAUUAACAUUGGUAAGACUUGGGAAAAAAUUGUCUUAGCUGCCAGAAUCAUUGCUGCUAUCCCAACCCCAUCUGAUGUUGCUGUUGUUUCUUCUAGAACCUUUGGUCAAAGAGCCGUCUUAAAAUUCGCUUCUCACACUGGUGCUACCGCUAUUGCUGGUAGAUUCACUCCAGGUAACUUUACUAACUAUAUCACCCGUUCUUUCAAAGAACCAAGAUUAGUUGUUGUUACUGAUCCAAGAAGUGAUGCUCAAGCCAUCAAAGAAUCAUCUUAUGUUAACAUUCCAGUUAUUGCUUUAACUGAUAUGGAUUCUCCAUCUGAAUACGUUGAUGUUGCUAUCCCAUGUAACAACAAAGGUAAACACUCUAUUGGUUUAAUCUGGUGGUUAAUUGCUAGAGAAGUCUUAAGAUUAAGAGGUAUCAUCCCAGACAGAACUACUGAAUGGUCUGUUAUGCCAGAUUUAUACUUCUACAGAGACCCAGAAGAAAUUGAACAACAUGCUUUAGAAGAAUCUAAGGCUACUGAAGAAACUGAAGAAGCUGAACCUGUUGAAGCUGAAACUGAAUGGACCGGUGAAACCGAAGAAGUUGACUGGGCUGAUUCUGGUGCUACCCCAGCUGUUGAAGAUGCUGCUGCUUCUAACUGGUAAAUGUUGUAAAUUUAGUACUAACCCUUUCCCCCCCUCCUUCAUUCCAUGUUCAUUUAUAUAAAUAAAAAUAAUGUUCUAUUAUUUCUCUUAAUAUAGGAUCAUCAAGCCAUUUAUAAUAUAUAUUAAAAAGAUCUAUAAAGUAAUUAUAAUUAUAUGA